GCGGGAUGAUUAUUACGAAUCAAAUAUUUUUUAAUAUACACCACUAUUUCUUAUUUUUAGAAGAUAAGUUUAAUAAUUAAGUGCAAUGGCAAAAGCUGAAUCUACAGGUCGAAGUACUGAGGAGUGUUUAAACGUAGAUUAUAUGCGUUCUUUAGUAAAACAGUAUUCUGAAUUGGGGCAAUGGACCAGUGCAUUUUUCUGGGCAGAUGCAGCAGCAGCUUCAUGCGGAGCAGAGGGUGCGAGUGGGGAUGAUAUGUGGCUCCUGUCAAGUGCAAUGCUGGCUCGAGGGGAACUACACAGAGCUGCCAAUGCAGUUAUGUCUAGAGAUCUACACAAGAGGCAUUUACUUUGCCUUGGUGUUGCAAUGAGGGCGUUUAUAUCUGCCAAAGAGCCACAAGCAGCACUAAAUCUGUUGGAAGAAUGUGAACCACCAUUACUUGAAGUUAGAGAAAUGGAUCAAACACAUAAUAGGGCUCUAGCAGGAGUGUUGGUGUGGCAAGCGCGGGCACUGUCGGCUCUGGAGAGGCGAGAAGCGUCAGCCGUCGCCCUGACGGCGGCACUAAAGGCGGACUGCGCCUGCUAUGAGGCUCUAGAUUUGUUGCUGGAACAACACGCCUUGACUCCGGAAAACGAAAGUGAACUAAUAGAUUCACUACCCAUAAACCAUCAGAUGAACUUGCCAGAAGCAACGCUACUAAAGACUGCAUACAGAGAGAGGCUGCUCAGAUACUCACCACUGCACAUGAAUUCAGAUAAUAAAUCGGAUUCAUCGCCAACCACUGAAAUGGGCGUGUCGGAAGCGGUGCGGCGCGUACGUGCUCGCAGCGUGGAGGGGGCGGAGUCUCGGGCGCGGCGGUUAGCUGCCGCGGGGUCGUGGGCCGAUGCCCUAAAGGCUUUGGACGCAGCGGGGGGCGGAGCACCCGCCGUCCGCGCCGCCUGUCUCGUAGAGCUACGCCGAAGUGCAGAUUUGUUCGCUUUCGCCCAUUCCCUAGUUGACGCUUACCCGCAAACGUGGACGUCGUGGUACGCUGUCGGACUAUAUUACUAUUUAAUUGGCAAGAGCGAGGUGUCCCGGCGGUACCUGAGCAAGGCGUGCGCGCUGGAGGCGGGCGCGGGCUGCGUGUGGCUUGCGUACGGACACAGCUUCGCCGCUGACAACGAGCACGACCAGGCCAUGGCUGCUUAUUUCAAGGCGUGUCAGCUGAUGCCGGGUAGCUACCUGCCGCCGCUGUACGUGGGCGUGGAGUGUUCGCUGCUCAACAACGUCAGCAUGUGCGAGCGGUUCAUGGUGCGGGCCGCCGACCUGCACUCGUAUUCCGAGUCGGGUGUUACUGUAUGCGCUACGGAGAGCGGAGGCGGGGGGUGGGAGCGGCUGGCGGCGCGCGUGCGGUCGGCGCACGUCGCGCACGAGGCCGGCGCCGCGGCGUUCGCGGCCGGAGACCCGCGCGCCGCGCACGCUCUGUGGCGACGCGCACUCGCUCUAGCUGCGCCACCCGGACAGCAGCUGGAGUCCUGCUGGGCGGCGACGCUAGACGCGCUGGGUCACGCAUCGCGCGCGUUGGGCCGGGCGGCGGAGGCGCUGCGGUGGCACGAGCAGGCGCUGGCGCUGCGGCCGGCGCGCGCGGCCUCGUUGGCGGCGGCCGGCCUGUGCCUGGCGCUGCUGGGGCGGGAGGCACGCGCGGCGGACUGCCUGCACGCGGCCCUGGCCCGGGACCCCGACCACGCUGUCGCCGCACACCUGCUAGAUGCCGUUAUGGAUCGCGUCGACUCGGCGCUCUCAGAGGAGGAGAUCCCGCAGUUCCCGUUCCCGGCGGUGCAGAUCUCCGCGCCGCCCGCCGCGGACCCCGACCCCGACGCCACCAACACCUCCGACAUGAGCAUGAGCUUUGAUUAAUACACUCUUGCGAUCCAUCCGGA